UGAAAAAAAAAAAGUUAGAAAACUUAUCUUAUUACAUCAAGCAAAAUCUGGCUGUUUAAUUGUUUAAGCAUUUACCAUUUCUUUCCUGUAGAGAGCAGAACUGAGCUUUUCCAGAGAGUAAUCACAGAAAAACAGACCAUCAUUACACAUAUUUUAUCAUGAUAUUGAAUAUGAAUAGUAAUGUUUUUGUGAUUCAGGUAACAUUGUCUGAUUUGGAUACAGGUCCACGUGUUUUUUACUCUCAUGACAUGUAUAUUCCUGUGUUUGUGUUGUUGGCUGAAGUCACGGCGCAGUAGCUGGUUGAAAGGGACCAAACCUCUCUCAAACACCUGACUUGGUUCCGUUUUACCAGCAACUAAGACAUGUUUCUGAGGACAAAUGGAUUUCCAGCUUAGGAUUUCUAGAGGUGAGAGGCAUCGCUUUCCUCAGUGACAUUCACACUUCAGCAUCUGAUUAAUCACAUGUCAUACGUUUUAUUUGCAGUUAGAAUCAUCGAUCUCAUCUAUGACUCAGGAAGCAGAAGAUGAACUUCCUUCUGGACAAUGACACCGAGUCCGUGGAUGUGCCGCGUAACUCUCAUCCGAAGCUGUACCCCGGAGAUAUUCUUGAGUUUCCUGGCAACAGUUACUUUUCUCAUUUUGGCGUUUACUAUGGAGAAAGAGACGGAGUUCCUUAUGUGGCCCAUCUGACCAUCAGAGAUUCAGACACCAAACUCCUCCUUUUCGGCCGAGCUAUAAACGCCGCCGUAAAGCUAGACCCGCUUGACGUAGUCGGGAAGAAAUACAAGGUAAGAAACUACCUGGAUGACAAGCAUCCACCACGAGAUUUCUACGUUCUCAUCCAGCCGGAGAUCGAUGAAAUCAUGACGAAACCCAUCACCUUUGACAUCCUGUUCAACAACAGCGAACAUCAGGCCACAAUGUUACGAUACGGGGUUAAAAAGUCAGAGCAGAUUGAAAAAGUCUAUUCCAAGAUAGUUCCCACCUGGAAAGAUUUAUUUGAGAAGAAAAAGAUUUGAGAGCUACAUCUUCUGCAUGAAGACGCAAGACUUCAAGAUCAUACAAAAACGAUUUCUUUCUUAAAUAAUUCCUA